AUCCCAGAGCAAGAGGAAGAAGUAUUCUCCCCUGUAAUUCUUUGAUUUUCCACACAACUUCAGCCUCAUACUUGAGGUGAGGUGAAGUGCGCACAUUCUUCAAAGGACGAGAAUCUGUUUCACCUCUCUCUUAGGACGGUGUGAGGAUCCUGAGCUGUUCUGGGGCACCUAGCUUUGAGCCAGGGUGGGUGGAGGUUGCUGGCCUUACUCUUAGGCGCCCAGGACCAUCUCAGACCAGUCUCGGCGAGCCCUUUCCUCAGCAGGGCUGGUUGGAGCGGCGUCCAGUGUUUCCUUGUUCUCGCGAGGCGGGGCGCAGGGACUCUGGGGCAGGUCUGGCCGGAUGCUGGCGGGUGGGGCCGGGUUUGUUGGGCCCCGCCCCUGUGCCCUGAAACUUUUCGUCCCCGAGGGCGGGGCCCGUGCGUGGUGACCUCACGACGCCAAUCCCUCCGGGUGUCUCUGCGCAGGCGCGACAUGGGCGGAGGUUACCGCUGGUAUCCGCAGGAUCUUCUCUGGCUGUGUGAGAACAUGGGCGCUCAGCUGAGCAGCGGCUUGGGCACCGCGGAGCCGGCGCAGCCCCAGCCCGAGCCCCAGCCCCAGCCCCAGCCCGAGCUCCAGCCCCAGCCCGCGGCGCCUGAGGGCCCUGGACAGCCCCAGCCCGAGCCCAGCCCCUGGGGGCCGCUGGACGACGUGCGCUUCCUCAUAGCCUGCACCUCCUGGUACUGACUCGCCGCCUCCUGUCGUCUGGCUCGCCUCGCCUGGUCAGGCCCCUCUCAGGUCCUUGUCUUUCCUCACCUUCCCCCCACCUCGGAGACUUGCGGAGAGUCGAGUCGGGGGACUGGAGGGGACUGGAAGGAAGCUUCUGCAGCCUCGCCAUGGGGCACAGUCUUGUCUCUGGCCCCUUCUGCUACCCUGAAUUUGUUCGCUUUUCAGCCUGCACCCAAACCCGCAAAGACCUUCGUGCACAUCCUCACUCCACAGUCUCUCCACACGACUGCGUCCUGGUUAGCCUUUCCCUUCACUGGCAGCCAGAAUCAGGCCAGGGCUCUUGGUAUGAAGACCCCAAGGCUGCUGACCUAAUCUCACCCUUUCUGUCCCUUAUUGCCAAGAACUGGGCUCUUGCUUUUGUCCCUGGUUGUAGCACCAUGCGCCUUGACUUCGGAAAAGACCUUGUGACCCUGACCCUACCCCAUGUGUCUCCUGGGGGAAGUUGCUCCACCAUCCUGGGUGCCACCCUGGCAUUAUCAGGCUGUAUUCCUGGGACCCCAGUAACAGAGGGCCUCCAGGGCCAGCCUUUUGGAGAGAGGGUGCAUUUCAUUUUUAGGCUGGCAGAUGACAUGUGUGGGGUAGCUCCCAAACUCCCCAAAGUGCCCUGACUCUCAGAAGUUUCUUAAGUCCACUCUCAGAACCCUGAUCCUUGUUCCCACAUCCCAGGGAAACGACAUACUCUGUAUUUUUGUUUUAUUUAGAAAUGAUUUAAAAAACAUUAUACAAAGGCUGAUCAGUUUAAAAUGUGACUGACACUGAAAUGCUGUGAUGUUCCCCAGACUGAGGGGAAGCUGGGCUCUGGGGCCCCCAGUGCUUUGCCCCUCUGUCUGUCUGCCCUGUCCUGGGAUGAUGGACAAACAGAUGACUACAUGGCAGGAGAAUCCAUGAUUGGAAGCCUCCAGGCUGAGCCCUUCUGGGCCUGGCCCUGCAUCCCUCACAUCUGCAGCCUGGGCUGCCUGCCUCCAUCUCCUGCUCUUUUCUCAGCUGACCUCAGUAGUACCAGGAGCCAGUGGGGAGCCUGGGGGACCUAGAACUUUCAAGAAGUGAGAGCACCAACCUGAGGAGUGGAGAGGGACCAGGAAGGGGAGAAGGGAGGCCAAGAAAAGAUGGAUAAAAGAGACACUUCUGAUCUCAUCUUGGACCUUAGAGGGGUCCACGGGUGGGGACCCAAGGCCCAGCUGGCUCACUGGAUGGCCAGGGCAAGUAACAGCCUCUCUGUGCUGCAUUUGAGGGCACAGUGAGAGUUAGCCCUGGCUCCCAGGGCCUACAUGAGUUACAUGUGAGUGAACAGGGGUGAGCUAAUAAAGUGCUUUGCAAAGUAUAAAA